GAAACGCGUUUUUUUUUUUAAACGCCCAUGACGCCACCUAUGGUUGAUUCAAUACAAUCCUUUGUAGUUACAGAGCAAGAGAUUGGAUCUUGCGUACGUUUUGCGUUAAUACGGAAAAAGGAGAAAAUCUUAUGUUUAAUUGAGUUUUAAUUGAUCGGUUUUUCUUAGAAUUUCGUGUACUAUAUUAGGAUCUUUCGUAAAGAGAAAAACGGCGAGUUUUUGUUUAGAUUUUGGCUGUAUUAGCAGCAAAUGCGUUUCGGGAACUAACAUGGCGGCGAUUUGACGAACCAAUUGGAGAAGCGCUCUCUUAGAAAAGGCGGUGUUGUAAAUUCCCCUUACAUUCCGCGUCAGCGAGUUAUUCCGUACUUCGUUUUGUCGUUAUUGCUGGUAAAUCUUUUUUAUUAAAAGGAAGAAGCGGUAGUUGUCGACCAGUGGUAUCGAGGGGUAGAUUUACGAGAUUCCAACGGGACGUUAAUAAUGAAAAAAUUGUGUUUGAUCACGUGACCGUAGCCGAAAAAUGGCGCAAAGAUCAGAGUACAAACAUGGGCUCCAUUUCGUUGCUGCGGUGUUAUUUGUAUUUGUUUACAAGCGCGCCUUUUCUCAAAACACGUGUUAAGUAAGUGCCAUUUUUUUGGCAGUGGGUGACAGACAAUGACGGGGAGAGGUUCCAAGAGACGGGGCCGGCCACCAAAGUCGGUGGUCAUGGAAAGGCCCAAAAAGUUUCAGUAUCACCUUAUGAAGAAGCCAAAGUAUUUGCAAAACAAGGAUUUAGAAACGCAAAAUUCACAACCGACUACACCAACAGUAUCAAGACCUUCUUCACCAAUUGAAUGUGAAGAAAACAGACGUAGCACACGAAAUCGAAAAACUCGUGUCACAAAGGAUAGACACUCACGUAAAGGUGGUCAUUCUAGUUCAGGUGCAUAUCAACGCCGAGGUUACAAUCCAAAUGUGGAUUACAAUGACUCUGAAUAUCACUAUGGAUCUGAUUUUGGUGAUGAAUCCAGUGAGAAGAGUGACGUCGAAGACGAUCCUCUUCAAAGCGACAUAGAAUCUUCUGAGAGUAUAGAAGAACCUGAUCCAUCAAGCGAUAGUGAUUUUUCUCUCUCUAGUUAUAGUACAACAAGUGGUACACCACGCAAAACUGUUUCGGGUCAACAACGACCACCGAGUCCAGAGCCAUUAUGGUUACAGAACAGAGAACUUCCUCCUCUUACUCCACCAAAAUCUUCAGAUGACCUAUUGGUUCCUAAGGGGCUUGUAAUGCCAUCUCUUUCCAUUUAUGAGGUUUUAAGACAUUUUCGUUCAUUAGUGCGUCUUUCUUCGUUCAGAUUUGAAGACUUUUGUGCAGCCCUAAUGUGUCAAGAUCAAACUAAUUUAUUAGCUGAGAUUCAUAUUAUGCUAAUCAAAGCACUACUUCGAGAAGAAGAUUCACAACAAACUCAUUUUGGUCCAUUAGAUCAAAAAGAUUCUGUCAAUGUGAGCUUAUAUUUUGUCGACUCAAUGACUUGGCCAGAAGCUUUACGAUCUUAUGUUGAAAGCGAUAAAAGCUUUGAUCAAAAUGUCCUGCAAAUUCUAACUGCUUCUGAAUAUCCUUUUACAUCUAUUGAAAACAGAAUCAAAGUCUUGCAAUUCUUAAUAGAUCAAUUCAUAAUAACGAAUCCAGUUAGAGAAGAUUUAUUGAAUGAAGGAAAUAUGCAUUAUGAUGACCAUUGUAGAGUAUGUCACCGUCUUGGAGACUUAUUAUGCUGUGAAACUUGUCCAGCUGUUUUUCAUUUAGAAUGUGUUGAGCCUCCGUUAGUUGACGUUCCUACAGAUGAUUGGCAAUGCAGUACCUGUAAAGCUCACAAAGUUACAGGAGUUGUUGAUUGUAUUCCUGAUGUUGAAAAAAAUGGGUCCUUAUGUAGACAAGAACAUUUAGGUUUUGAUAGACAUGGGAGAAAAUAUUGGUUUCUUACAAGAAGAGUUUUUGUAGAAAGUGAAAGUGGAGAAGUUUGGUAUUAUAGUACACCAUUACAAUUAGAAGAAUUAAUGCAUUGUUUAGAUCGUAAUGAAAUGGAAGUUGCACUGUACCGUGAAUUAUCAGAUUAUAAGGAUGAAAUUGUACGUCAAAUGGAACUUACAGAAUCAAUUACUAAUCAAUUCAAGGGUACCAAAAAAUCAUACUUGGAAAUAGAAAAUAGCCUUAUACUAAAACUGCAAAAAGAGCGCCAAGAGAAGCAGGAAAAGGAAGAAGAAGAAAAGAAAGAAAAGCAAAGGCAAGAAGCUGAAGAUAUGGUACGCAGGAUACAUGAAGGGUCUGAUUCUUUAGAAGAACGUUUAACAGCAACAACAGAACAAGAUAAAGAGAAAAUAGAAGAGCGGGUGACUACACAAGUACCAGAAGUGAUAGCUGAAAACGUUGAAGUCGAUGGAGCUACUAGUAAUGUACCUACUACCUUAAAUACCAAUGUGGCAAACAACACUGGGAAACCUAAUACUGUAUCAUCAUCUGAAGAAAUGGAAGAAGAAACAGCAGAAGGAGAAGAAAAUGUUCCCAAAAUAGGCAAAGAUGGUAAAAAACAUACUAUAGUUACAAGAUCAAAAACAGGUUCUUUACAACCUCGUACUUUUAAUAUGGAUGAUUUAAAGCGACGAAGUACAGUUUCAAUGUCUAAAGAAGAGCUUGAAAAGUUAGAUAAGAGUUUGAAGGAAGAAGGAGAUAAUACUAGAUUGACUAGACAAAAAGCACAUCAGAUUGCUUCCGGUACACAUCUCUUUAAAUUGGGAAUGGACAAUAAUUUUAAAUCAUAUGUUAAUCAGUAUAGCACUAAUCCUGUUGCUCUGAAUAAACUUCAACGAAAUGAAGAACGCGAUAAAAAACGUCACUUGUCACAUAAAUUUUCUCUUACUCAAGCUUCAGAAUUUAAAUGGGUUGGAAGCUUGACAGGAACUCGUGCUCUUCUAGUUAAUACCCUUCGACAAACUAUUCUUCAACUUGAAAGCAGUAUACAAGCUCCGUUUAUGCAUACCAACUGGCCACUUUUACGUAAACCAUGGACUUCUGCAAUAGGUUCUUGCGUAUUUCCUAGAGAUUUUGCACGAGCACUUAUUGUAUUACAAGCAUGUAUAAAAGCAGUUGUAUUUGCUAAUGUUUGGCAUGAUCAACUUGGACAUGUAAAAUUGCAAAGGGUAACUGCACUUGAACGAGAAGAAAAAAAACGUCUAGAUAAAAAGGAAAAGAAAGAGAGAGAAGACGAAGAAGAGCGAAAUAGAUCAUUUAAUUUUGUUAAAUAUACAUUAGGCUUAAAACAUCAAGUAUGGAAACAAAAGGGGGAGGAAUAUAGAGUUCAUGGACAAGGAGGUUGGUUGUGGGUGUCAGCAAGUAGACGAUAUAGAUUUAGCGACAUGAGAAAGUUAGGUUUAAGAACAGGACCACAAAAAAUUAUGGUGCAAAUUAGAGAUCAAGAAGGAUUAAAAAUAUUAGCCUUGGAUCCUCCAACUUAUGAAUUUUUAAUUAAAGAAUAUUGUUCAAAUCUGGAUGAAAAAAUUAAUAUAGAUAAAAUAAGUAUCAAGAAAGAAACAAAUAAUGAUGAAUUAUCUACUGAUACUGGUACAAAAAAGGUUAAGCAAGAAUUUAAGGUAGAAAGUAUUAAAACUGAAGAAAAGGUAGAAAUUAAACAAGAAGUGGAUAAAAAUGGACCAGUAGCAGUUUCUAAAACAGAACAACCAGCAAUUAAAAAAGAAACUAAAAUGAAUAUAUCCUUUUUAGCUGGUAUGAAAAUUGAGAAAGUUUUUACACCAAUUAAAGAAUUUGAAGAAAUUGACAUAACAAAGGCAUUAACUACACCUGGGAAACUUCAUUAUCCAAAAAUUGGGAAGAAAACUAGAAUUGAUGACUUUCUUGCACGUAGAACACAUUUAAAAUUACUAGAAGAGAGAAGAUUAUUACAAUCUGAAAAAAUAAAGGAACCUAUAGUUCAAACAGGAAGUCAUAAAAUAGCAGAUGGUGAUACUGAUAUCGAUAUUGAAAAUAAUGAUGAAAGUGAUACCGAUGGUGGAGAUGGUUCUUUACAGUACAUACUGUCUGGUAAACAAUCCAAUAAAGCAAUGUCAUCAGCUGCAAAAGAAAUGUUUAGUGCAAUAGGAAAACGUAUUCAACAAGUUAAAGGACAAUAUGCAAACAUUAUGAAACUUGAGAAGAAUGGAAGUUGUUAUUCACGAUAUUGCAAUGUGGCAAUUACACCAGGAAAAAUGGCAAUUACAGCACAAAAUUUAAUGUCUACUUGUUAUUCUCCGAUUUGCCUUCAGAAAGCAAGAUUAAAACGCGAACUUGUAGUAUUAUUACGAAAGGCAAGUGUCUUAAACAAUAGUCAAAUACCAUCUCAAUUUUCACAAAACAAGCUUGAUGGAAAUGACGAGGCUAAGGAUGCAAUUAGAAGAGAUUUGGAAUCUGCUGUUGCUUCGGCAACUCACUGUACUGAAGAAUUUCAAACAACAAAUGUAAACAUAAAUAAAUUAUCAAACUUCAAAGACGGAUCAGCACCUAGUGCUAAAAGAAUAAAAUUAGAACAUAAAGGAUUAGAUAAUGAUUCUAAUUUAAAUAAAAAGGAAACUUCAAUUACAACCAAAAGUAAUGUGACAACAGCUACGGUAACUACUACUCAACAAACUAUUAAAACGGUUGAUAGUAUUGUACAAAAUAUGCAGGAAAACAUUUCUUCUCAUAAUACAACUACAUUGUCAUCGGAAACUAAAACUAGUAAUGUAAAUAAUGUAGUGUCUAAAACAACAAUUAUUAACAAAAGAGGAAGAACAGUACAACGAAGUACAGUAGCUAAAGAACUAAAUGCUGAUGGAACUGAAAGAAUAUAUACUGCCAGUUCAGCAGAAGGAAAAGUUUAUUUAAAAAAAGUUGCAAUUUCUUUGGCUGAUAGAAGAAAAAAACGAACACCAGUAAAAUAUCCUUUAUGUUCGACAUUUUGUACGAAAAAUAAACGUCGAAGUAUUUUACUUCUUCCACAACAUGAAUUACGAAAAUUAGCCAGAGUUGGUGGACGAACAUCAGUUCAGGGUUUUCAUCACAUGGCUAAGGCAAACCUAGCAGUUUGGCCAUAUCCUUGCCCUAGACCAUUAUUUAAGACAUGUUGGUUAUAUCGAACAGUUGGUUUAAAAUCUUUAGCUGCAGCUGCACUUCAACUAAGAAUCUUAUGGGCAUGUUUACGUUGGGAUGAUAUGGCGGCAAAACCAUUAUCUAUAGAUGGAAAACAUCAAAUUACAACAGAUACUGAAAUUAUGUCAUUAGAGAUUUUAAAGCAUCGUCAUGUUGGACAAUUUUUAGACAGAGCACAAUAUUUGCGUCGAAAAGUUGUUAUACCUUUAGAAAUUCCAAAACAAAUUAGAGAGGUAACAUCUAUAAGAAGUGGACUAAGAAAGAGAAAACGACCAGAAUCACCGCAAAACACUGAACCACAAGUAACAGAAGAAUGGGUUGAUGAAGAUAAAUUGGAACUAUGGGAAAUCAAACAAUAUGGUGAUAGGUUAGAGAAGGCUAAUGCCCAGAUUAUUACUAGGAGUCGCUCGGGUGUGCCACAAUCUGUUGGUGGUCAAAACAGAAAUUCUGGAUCCAAUUCUGAUCAACUUGUUAGUGGUAAGGCUACUCCUGAAGAAAUUAAAGAAAAAAUGGAACAACAGUUGCGUAUGCAAAGAGCUGCUCAUCAACAGAAAAGAGCUUUAGAAACUCUUAAAAAUCCAGCUAACUCCGCUUCCUCGAACACACAACUUGUUAAAGUUACAUCUAACUCCGCCCAUGAUGGCUCAGUUAAAUUAAUUUCCAAAGUUGCAAUACCAGCAAAUCCAAAUAGUGGAAGUAAAUCCCAAUUAACUUCACUUCUAACGACACCUACUCAAAAUAAAGCCUUUAUCGGAACAAGACGUAUUUAUAUGGCAAAAUCUGCCGAUGGAACAACAAAGGUUGUUUCUGGGCCUACAAGUAUUUUACCAAAGACAUCUCAAAUCCAAUCAGGAAAUCAGCAGUCUUUAAUUAAAGCUGGUUCAGCAGGGACACCUACAGGUACUGUACAGCACAUACAACAAAGGGUACAAAUUUUAAGAGGACCUGAUGGUAAAUUACAAGUUCGCGGGUUAAUGCCUGGUCAACAAUUAGUACAGAUGCCAGAUGGAAAAUUGCAUGUAUUGAAUACAGCGCAAGCUAUUACUUCUACUGUUACACAUACGGGUACUACUUCAAGUACAUCAACUAUACAGGCUAAAUCUGUAACAGCUAAUGCAGCUAAAGUUUCUACAUCAAAUGCAUCAAAUAAAAAUAGUCCAGUUAAAGUUGCAAUUAUUCCGUCACAAGGAUCAACAUCACAACAAUCACAACAAGUAGUACAAAAAGGUGGAAAAUCCUCUGCUGUAGCAAUAGCAAAUGUUGCUUCUACACAAUCUGCAAAGAAUGCAAUAGUUGUUGCCAAUACUGGUCAAAUUGUACAGGGAGCGCAGGUAAUAUCUCCGGGUAGUCAAAUUCUUAGUGGAAAUCAGAUAGUAGUCACUAAUGCUAAUUUGGCUCAACAACUUGCUUCCGGAAAAGCACAAUUAACAACACUCGGUGGACAUCAAGUUGUAAUUCGUAGUACACCAACAGGAAAUCAAAUUGUACAGUUAAAUCCAUCAAAUAGUAAUAUGGUAGUAAAAAAUACGGUUUCAUCGAACAAACAAGCAUUGCAGACUACUCAAAGAAUAACAUCAACAGUAGCACAAACACCUGAAACAAGUGCAAAUAUUACUUCUAGCAAAUUGACUACAUCUACUGCUAAUUCUAUCGCUCCACCACCUGGAAGCAUAGAAGCUUCUUUGUUAGAAAAUCAACCACCAGGUACAGUGAUAAAAUGUAUUACAGCUCAGGUAUUGCCGACAACACAAGGGCCGAAAAUACUUUUGCAAGGAUUGACGGGAGCAGAUUUUACGCCACAGCAACUUGCAAUAGUGCAAGAGCAAGUAAAAAAUCAAUUACGCAAAGCUCAAGCAACUGAAGGAAUGCAAGUUGUCUUAGGUUCUACAAAAAUUUAUUUAGCCAUUCAACCUGCACCAGGAAGUCAACAUGUGCAGACAUCUCAAACAUCCACAGCAGCAAGUACACCUACUGUUCCGACAUCAAAACAACAAGUACAACAUCCAACUGAUUCCCCACCACCAGCAACAGAGCCUCAAACUGAUAUAGAGUCUAUACCAGAACUUCAACAGGCAUCAGUACCAAGUACUCCUGAAAAGCCAAAAGUGGUUGUUCAACAGGUUGAUCGUGCCAAUAACAUUGUUACAGAAGAACCUCCAAAAAGAAAUGAUAAUGGUGAGGACUCAUCAGAAUCUCUGCAAAAUGUAGCUAAAGAUGAAAAAUUUGUUCUUACGCCAGAAUUUGUACAACAAACAAUCAAAUCUGUAUUGAAAGCGGAAAAUCUUCAUCCAGAAAUAGAAGAAAAAUUAAAUCGGUUAAGUAAACAUCACGAGAGUAUAAUCAAAGGAGCAGCAAGCUCAGCAGCUAACAAUCAAACUCCGCGUGCCCCAUCUCGCAAAAGACCUGCAUCCUCCAACAUUCCAUCAGUAACCACUACUUCAAAUAUACAGUUAACAACUGAAAUCGAUACUGAUUGGGCAGAAACUCCAAAAAAAAAGUCAACAAUAAAACAAGAGAAUCGUGAAAUCUUGAAAAUACAGAAGUCGACUGAACUAAUAGACAAUGAAUCUACACCUAAAACUCGAUUUGUAAAAUUAAAAGACAGUCAAGAACAUAGAAGGAAACAAGUUCAGUCACGAAUGCAAGUUUUAUUGUUUCGACAUAAAGAACUUCUGAAAAAAGAUAUACUUAAAAAAAGAGCAUUACUUGAAAAAGAAUUACAAAUAGAUAUUCAGAAGGACCUAUCAGCAGAAUUAGCAACAAGAACAAAAGCAGAAAGACAUAAACAAGAUGAAGUUAAAGUAGGAAGUGCAAAACGUAAAGCUAAUGCUCAAAUAGCACAACAGGUUAGCCCACCAAAUCGAGGUGGAAGGCCAAAAAAACAUAAGGCACAAGCAAAUAGCAACGCAUUACCUAGUGCUUCAUCUACUACAACUCCAAGUCGAAUUAAAAAAGAAAAAUUAUACUGUCUCUGUAGGACACCUUAUGAUGAAACAAAGUUCUAUGUGGGAUGUGACCUGUGUAAUAAUUGGUUCCAUGGAGACUGUGUUGGUAUUACUGAGGAAAUGAGCAAAUCUCUUUCCGAAUUUGUUUGUACAGAAUGUAGACAUGCACGAGAUACACAAGAAUUAUACUGCUUAUGUAAGCAGCCUUACGAUGAAUCUCAGUUUUACAUUUGCUGCGAUAAAUGUCAAGAUUGGUUCCAUGGAAGAUGCGUUGGUAUUCUUCAAUCGGAAGCAGACAAUAUUGAUGAAUAUGUAUGUCCUAAUUGUCAACGUAAUUCUUCUGUGAAUUUUGCAAAUAUGAAAAAUCUCAAUGCUAAGGAUUUGGAUUUACUGAAAAAAUUAAUUAAACAGAUACAGGCACAUAAAAGUGCAUGGCCUUUUAUGGAACCAGUAGAUCCAAAUGAAGCUCCAGAUUAUUAUAAAGUCAUAAAGGAACCUAUGGAUUUACAAACAAUAGAAUUAAGAAUAAAUGAUAGAUCCUACAAAAAACUAAGUGAAUUUAUUGGAGAUAUGACCAAAAUAUUUGACAAUUGUCGAUAUUACAAUCCAAAAGAGUCCCCGUUUUUCAAGUGUGCAGAGUCAUUAGAAACAUAUUUUGUACACAAGAUAAAAAGUUUGAGGGAAAAGUUUUCAGAAGGCAAAUAAACAAUCAAAACUGUAACUAUAUAAACGAAUUGAAGUGCAAAAUUGGCAGUUUAAUAGUGCAGUGUAAUAAGAAUGAUCUAUACCAGUACAUGUAGAGAUCAAAACUCAAGGUAGAGAUAAGUAUAUAAAAGUAGGAUAUAUUUAUUAGACUUGUGUGAUUUUUUUUUCCUUUAACAAGUGAACUCUUUCAAACUUAUUCUGUGCAAUGGGUUUUGGACUAGAAUUUAUAAUUUCCUAUUUCUUGUAACUAUUCCAAACUGGUAAUGAAUCGCCAGUCAUAUAUAUAAUGAAUGAACUGCCUUGUUCACAGAAGAAUAUAAAAUAUCUAUAAUUAUGAUGUAACAUAAUUACUGUUGAAAUGGUCUAAAUAAUAUACGUGUAAUGAGUCUAUUUCAUUGGUAUCGGUCAAUUGAAUCGUUACUGAAUAUUUAUAAUACCUAAAAUAUGACAAAACUAAUUCAUUCAAUAUUUUUAAUCAUUAUAAAAAUAUCUUAUUCUUUAUCUAUUUUGGAAGAUUCUGUAUAAUAAAAUUAGAAUGUAAAUGUUUAUUGAAAAAUAUGAUUGAAAUAGGUUGAUUUAUAAAAGUGAAUUUGAAAUGUAGAGCAAACAUGUUAGAUGAACGUUUACUGACAUUUUUGAUGAUUUACAAUAUUUUAUUACUUAUAUUUUCUUUUAUAAUUAUAAGUUGUGGUUCAAAAUUCAUAAAGUACAGGUGAUAUUAUUUAUAUAUAUAUAUACAUGUCAUGAAUUAAAUGCAUGUAUAUGUAAUUAUGCAUGCUACAUAAUAAUUGCAGAUAUAAUAUAAAAUUGGUGCCACUUCACAUUUAGAAUUAUGAUCAACAACUUUAUAGUAAACUAAUAUAACAUGUUUUUGUCAAACGAAGAAAAUUUAGUCAUUAAGGACCAUUGAACAGGUUUCAUUAAUAUAGUAAUGGUCUAAUCACUAUUUCAUUAUUGAUAUAGUUCAUUUAUAUAAGCGUUCUGUGUCGUAUAGCUGUAAGACUAAUUAGAACGCGCAUAAUAAAUUGUACAAAUUUGUUUAUUGUGCUCACAAGUAAUUAUUAUUACAUUGUUUUAAUCACAUAAAUUUUCUAUGAAAUUGUUUAUAAGCUACAGAUAUAAUGUUAGAUUAUAAGAAGUAAGCAGAUAUCUGCUUUGUAUAUAUGCAAGUAAAAAUAUCUAUGAAAAACAAGAGCUUUUGUUUGGUAGCACUCAAUACUAGAAUCAAUCUAAGAAUGGAAAGCUGUGUUUUCAAUACAAAUAUUGUUUAUAUUAUAGCUAUUAAAAAUAAUUGAAAAUUAAUAAUUAUAUGCGAAGGAAUCAUUAUAUUUGGUUUCGUAUUCUGAAGAAAAGAAUUUGUCAAAGUAUAGUAGUUGGCAAUAAAAAUGUUUCAUGGGCAUAACAUGAACAAACAAUAUAAAUAUAUACAUAAAUAUACAAAUAUACUGAAUAAAAUUAAAGAAGUUAUAAAGCUUCUAAAGUAUGAUUGUGUAAACAACAAGAAUGAAAGUAAAUAUCGAAUAUAUAAACUGGAGUUUGUGAAGCAAAGAAUUUCUGUAACUUUAUAGUUUUAAAUAAUUGUUUGGAUAAAAAAUUUCUCCAUGCACUUUUAAUUCUGAGAAUAAAAUUAAAAAAUAUACUUCAUGCAUAUAUACUUUAUAAUAUGGACAUUUAUAAUAUUUCCUAAAAUCAAUGAGAUUACAAAUAUCAUCUGGCAUGCCUUAUUGAUUCUUAAUUGUUUAUUUAACGUGAAAGCAAAUUACUCAAAACAGGUUGUACAUUUUUGCCAGGAUAAAGCUUGUACAGUAUUUUUAAUUCAAAAUCGCAAGACCUGGCACUGAUCUGUUUUUUACCUUCAACUUUUGAUUACAGUUACGAAAUGUAUAGAUUAGGUUUCAGUCUCCAGGUUUAUACACUUCAGUAGCUACACUAAUUCAUUUUAAUCCAUCAACAACACGCAUUUCAUUAAUCAAGAAUAUUUUGUAUUCUAAUAUUAAUUAUAUGUAUUCUUCACAUGUACAGUUUUAAAGCCUUGCGUCAUUAUAUAUACAUAAAUAUAAAUAAGUACAUGAAGAUUAUUUACACAUACUCAGUUUUUUUUUUAACAGGUACGUUAUAAUAUGAGAUAUUAAAGCUUUGUAAAUUAUUUGUCUCAUUGAAAUAAUAGUACCAUUGAAUGCACGUGCUACUGAACUAGUGUACAAACCAGGUAACAACUGAGCAGCUAGUUUAUAUUGUACGCUGCACUAUUUCACUUUCUGCUUAUAUAUCAUGUAACAAGGUGUUUAUUUCCAUUAAAGAGAAAGCAACAAAGUGUGACUAGAUAAUUACAUUCUUCUAAACCUAAUAUUGCAUAGUUUAUAAUAAAUAUUUGUACUAAUUUUAAUUAUAAACUUUGUUGUUUUUAUUACAUUAAGAUAUCAAUUAGGAACAUGUAAGUCUUAUAUAUUAGCUUAUCUUUUUUAAUUUGUAAUUGUUUCAAAAUAAUAAACUGCUGGAUGACAGUGAUUUGACGAAACAUAGUAAAUAUGUUAUUACUAUUUUACUACAUUGAUAUAAAAUGCUUAGGUGCUUAGAAUAAUCAUAGAUAGUUUAAAGGCACAUUUAAAAUAAAUGAGACAUUGGUACUAAUAAAUUAAUGGAGUAGAAUAAUAGCAUAUUAUAAUAUACAUGCUUUAAAAUGCAUAUUCUUGAUAUUAUAAAAAGUAAACUUAUAUAUGUAUUAUAAUGGCGGUGAAAUAUGAUAAUGAACACAUCACAAAAUUUAUUUUUCUUAAAAUUGCAAUAUGUACUAAUGUACAGUGUCUUAUUGUACUAAAUUAAUCGCGCGAAAGUCAAAAA